AUGAAAGCUUACUCUGCUGCUAGGUUCAUGAACAAGAACAUCCUCGCUCGCGGCGGCGAUAUACUCGCCCUCUCCGCUCCUAUCGUGCCAAUUGAGAUUCCAGGUUUCCCAUUCUUCUUCGAGACCUACAACUUCAAAGCCUCCCUCGUCGCUUCCCGCGGCAUCCACGAAGAUAUGCUCAAUUUCGCAGCUCGAACUGGCAUCAGGCCCGUGAUUGAGAAGUUUGAGUUUUCGCAGAAGGGCUUUGAAGAGGCGAUGGAGAAGAUGAAGAAUGGCAAGAUGAGGUAUAGAGGUGUGCUUGUUGCUGCUGGUGCUUAA